UUAUACCUCUUCGCCUCUUCGCCUCAAGAUAGUGCUAUCUCUUUUUACAAGUGUAUACGCCCGACAACCGGCAGUCUCGGUCAAGUAACCGCAAAGUGUAUACGUUGCAGUCAGGCCUUCCAAAUUCGUCAAUGUCUGUCGUCAACUUAAAUCGCAAAAAUUCCAAUGAAACUUUCACAAAAAGCAAGUCAAUUAGUUCAAAGAUUUCUACACGUUCGAAGGUCGCAAAAAUUGAUCGCCAAAUUAUCAGCUCAUCGACGAUCCCUCGAAGAGAGAAUCGGCCAAGUAAAGUCUCGACGAACAUCUGGAAGAUUAAUUGACCAUAAAGGUAAUUGACUGCAAAUAUUCAAGAUUUAUAUGGAUAAGUUCUGAUAUUUGAGAAAUGGCCGAGGGAGUGUUGGAAAAGUACCGCGUGGACGACGAAAAGAAGAACAGAUAUAUAAUGAUUGGCCAGAUGAAUAGGAUAAUAAUCCUGUAAAAUCACCAAGCGAAAGUGGGAGUACGUGAAUUAGAAUGUUGGGGUGGGAGUGAGUUUCUUAACAACGAGCUUUAAAGUACACACCAGUCAUUGGGGCAAAAGCACGGUGGAACCACGUGUGUCGCUUGUCAAAUUGAUUAUUUCACGUUGUAACUUCAGAUGAUGAAAGAGAAGAAACAACGACGGAUGUUCCUUUUAACUGUUCGUUCCUCGUCUGAGAUAAUAUUCAACUGAUAAUAUCUAAUACAAGAACGUAAAGAUUUCGAACGUCGAGAUUGUUUUAAGCGUAAAUGGCACCUGAAAUUGAUCAGUUAUUCGCUCAAAGAGUUAUACGAGCAAAUUGAGGUAAAUGCAUUUGCGCAGAAAGCAAAAAAAGUCGAGUAGCAAGUGGAAAUUGCUUUUGCAAGAUUAUUUUUAAAUAGAAUCGAGAUAUUUGCUUGCUUGGAACCGAAAGCAGGAGGAAUAUACAAAUAAAAUUCGAGGAGAUAUGCUACAUUCGAAGAAAUACAAAAGUAGAAUUGAUCGACGAUUUGAAGAAAGAACAUUGGCUACGUUUCUCUUUACAAUUUCUCAAAAUGGAAGCUAGAAGCAACAACAAUUCUCUGUGGGUAUUUGGAUAUGGAUCGUUGUGUUGGUACCCUGGUUUCAAGUACAAACGAAGCGCCGUAGGACACAUUAAGGGAUUCAGCCGAAGAUUUUGGCAAGGGAACAUAACUCAUCGUGGCACAGCAGAAAAACCUGGACGAGUGGCGACGUUGGUCGAAGAAAAAGAGGGUGUUGUUUACGGACGAGCAUUCCAAGUUCAAGAUAGCGCAGCGUUGCCUUACUUGGAAAGUCGCGAAUGUACUUUGGGGGGAUAUGUGUCGACAAUUACUACGUUUCAUACUCGCGAAGGGAACAGGAGUAUCCCGGUCAUAACAUACAUAGCUACUAAUAAAAAUGAACAUUGGCUCGGCGAAGCGCCGCUUCAUAUUAUCGCUAAGCAAAUUUCCGAAUGCUCCGGCCCAAAUGGACACAACGUCGAAUAUCUUUUACGAUUAGCUGAGUUUAUGCAUCGUUAUCUACCAGAAGCUCACGAUGAACAUUUGUACAAGCUGGAAGUAUUGGUACGUUCGAGAAUAAAGGAAAUGAAUAUGUGUCUGGAUACGCUAAUGGGCGACCGAGACUUCAGUAUCGACCUCGACGACAUCGAUGGCAAGGAUGAGGAUCACGACGUGGUUACCAGUAACGCCACUAAAAAUCUUAGGAAAAAUUCUUUCCAAUUCACUCUUCAAGUACCUGAUAAGACUAUGCGUUGCCUCAAAAUGUAAUCCGCAUUUUUUACAUUAAUAUUUAUCGAAUGCCUGGACAUCUGCAAUCAUGCGGGAUUGUCAAAAAGCAAGGUUUUAUAUAAUUAACAACAAUAAUAUAGAUAAUAUUCUUUAUAGAUAUUUAUGUAAAUACGUUCGUUUCGAGAUCAAUGUACAUAUUGAGUAGCUAAAUAUUAUAGACUAAUCUUCGUACGAACGUACUUCAAGCACAAACAAAACUGUAUUUUGAUAUUUUAGUAUUUUAAAAUGUAUUUGCACAUUUGAAUAUCGUAUUUUCAUUUUUGAAUGUGCUGGAUAUUUAAAAUUAUAUUCUUUUAAAGAAAAUUGUGCCUUAAUUUGGGGAGAAUACAAAUAUGGUGCAUUCCUUAUUUAUAAAUUGUAAGUUAAGAUGAAAAAUUUUGUAUUUGAACUUGCAAAAUUUUUAUUUAUAAAAAAACAAUGAUUAAAUAUAUUACGGUACGCUUCUUUUUCUAAA